AUUAAAAGUAUUAUCUAUUAGUCCUUUCUGAGUACUAACGUUUGCAGCAUUUUCACAAUUGUUCGAGAUAAUUAAAUUCAAGUCAAAUGGAAUCGCCUGCGGAACGAGAUUCCGCAUCAAGUUGUAUAGAAUUACGGCGAGAAGCUCGUCGAAAAAAAAUUUUAGAAUCUGCUAAAGCUCGUUUAGAAAAAUUAAAUGGUGGAGUUAAAACAACUGAGACCAAUCUUACGGAUUGUGGAGCAACAGAAGUGCUGGAUUACUCAGAUCCAGAAGUCGAGCCAAAUGUUCCUAUAGGAAGUGGAUCACCCCAGGAACAACUUUUUUUUUCAACAGCAACCUUUUCGUCAAGCAGUACCAGUGAUACCCCCAAUAAAUUUAUAAGAUGUAGGAUUCACAUUUUUGUAGCUUCAAUUUUAGGUUAUAUCUUAUCAUGCUAUGUUUCAAAUUCUCUUUUUAUUCCCGGUUUUCUAUGCGUAAUAAUCGAGGUAUUUUAUCUUAAGGAGCAGCAAAAAAUUCAGAGUAACAUUGUCUCAAUGAUAUUACCUAUUGCACUUUUAUUUACAGGAACAUUUAUAGGCAAUAAAAUCAAGCAUGUGAAUCGGUUUCUUUAUAUAUCGCAAUAUCUCAUUAUAAAUCUUGCUGUAAAUAUAUUCUGUAUAUGUUUAAGUGGUUAUGUAUGUCAAUUCAAACGUAUAGGUCAUGUCGCUGAUAUAAAAUAAAUAAAAGUCAAAUUG